AGCGAGUAUUCUCAUUCGGACUGGUAUACUGUCUACGUGUUGGUGGUUUAUAUUUCUUUCCGACUACUACUGUAGAAGUCUUGGUACUGUAGAUAACAAUCUCAAUGCUAAACCUACCAAGUGUGUUCGAUAUCUUGUCGAAAGUCGACUCUUAUCUGGUCGAAGAUUUUGUUGAUCGUCUAAAUUUUGGAGCUACUGUGUAUCUAUUGGCGUUUUUUGUAUUGAUAACAGGCUCCAAGCAACAUUUCGGUAAUCCUAUACAAUGUAUGGCUCCUCCUGAAAGUCCCGACUCCUGGGUACAUUACUACCAUGAUUACUGCUAUAUUCAAGAUAAGUUGCGUAUUUUUGAUAUGAAUGUGCGAAAAUCCAUAGAAUACGAAGCAAAGCAAAGAGCUGGCGCUGACUACACUCCUAUAGGCAGAUUCCGCAAAGAUGACGUCAGUCGUCACUGGUCUCCUCGAAUAAUGUAUUACCAGUGGGUUCCCUAUGUGCUUUUCCUGCAAGCCUUAUUUUUCUUGUUACCAAAGUUCUUCUGGAAAUUGAUAGGUCUACAUUGGUGUCACGGUGUCGACAUGGAAACAGCCGUAGUUGAGGCGGAUAAGUUGAGAACGCUUACUGGUGAAGAUCGUACAACGGCACUUAAUAGUCUUGCGACCUUCGUGCAGGACUUCUUGGAGGCUAAACGUAAAAGGUCAUUUUUUGGCUCCUCCAUCGCAACUAUAUGUUAUGUGGUAACGAAAUGGCUGGAAGUGAUAAACGCAUUUGGGCAACUGUAUAUGCUCUCUUGUUUCGUAGGACAGGGUGACUACUUCUGGGGAUACCAUCUCUUAUCCACAGUAGUUAGUGGAACAGACGACCCCAACACUGGCAUUUUCCCUAGAAUAGUUCUGUGCGAUGUUGCAAGAUUUGCCUUGGCAAAUCUGCAUCAAGAACAUAUGCAGUGCGUACUAAUGCUCAACUUUAUCAACGAGAAGAUCUACACCUUCCUCUGGUUCUGGAUAGUUUUCGUUGCCAUUGCAUCUACAUUCUCAGCAAUAAGGUACACGGUCGCAUUGUUCCUACCAAUGUAUCGCGGGCUAAUUGCUGACAACUUUUUACCGACACAAGACGUGCUUUUUUCGAACGCUGCUGCUGAGCAUGGUGUACGUCCAACUCCAGUCGCAAGUAGAGCACUUGUGGAUUAUUUUGUGCACAAAGUUCUCAGAUGUGAUGGCAUUCUCUUACUUUCAUUCAUAAAUGUGAACGCUGGAGGUCUUGUUACGCACGAUAUCGCGCACCAGCUUUGGAAAAUCACUGUGCAGCCUACGUUCAAGGGCGCCGCCACAGUGUCUCCAUCCGAGGAGUGCACUGUGAGAAAGGAGUCUGAGAUGAGGAAAGAUUCGGGGAUGUUGUACUGGCCGAGCUUCACCAACCUGCCUGCAACUGUAAGAAAAAUGGGCUUGGCAAAGCGAAUGGAGGCUGCUGGUGACAGCCGGGAUGUUUCUUUCAAUGACAAAAAGUCAUACGCAAUAGCACAACCCAUGGUACGCAUGCGUUCUCUCAGUGUUGGUAAUUUGGAAGCUGAGCCUACAGCUCCUAUGGAAUCUUCGCCUUUGAUUUCUGACGGAUCUACGCAAGCCGUCGAGGACUCGACGUGUCCCAUUCAGAGUCUUCCUGCUUCACCUGGUGGACGACGCCGUUUUGCCAACGGAGGACCAGGAGUUGCUUUUGUCGACAAUCGUUCUGAGAAGAAGUAGAAAAAAUUCUUUGAAAUGGUGUGCUAAUAAUCUUAAUAAGAAAUCUAGCUCAUGAGAAUUGUUCAUCGUUUUGAAGCUCAUUUUGUGUUCAUUCAUUCGUGAUCGUGUAUCUCAUCAGGUUAGUAAAUUUUAACAAAUUUUGAAUACAUGAAUAUACUUUAUAUCAACUGCUUGUCAUUGUGUUCAUGAUCUUACUGAGUAUGGGUGCCUUUUUCGGUGUGCUUGGAUCCCAUCUUUUGUCCAAUUGCAGGUUCACUAAGUGUUUGCUUUCACGUUUAGUUAUAUUAAUUUUGGUGCAAUUGAUGUGACCCAUAGCGAUGAUUCCUGUCUCCCCAUUAUCUUUGUCAUCGAUUCGAAAUUUGGUCAUUCGAAGAUUUGCUGUGUUCACGUCUUUCUGCAUGAUUUAAUAGAGUUUGACUUUUUUGUCUGUACUGAUGAAGAAUGAAGAUAUAUUUCU